AUGACGAGCAAGGUAGGACUGACGGUUUCUGAACAUGGAAGGUUGGCUGUCGUCAAGCGAAGUGAAGGACGGAUUGAGUUGUUCCGCAGUUCAAGAAAUGUUGAUAAUUCAAGUCCCGCAUAUCAAACAAUUACUGAAGAUCUCAUAAGUCCUUACGAUAUCUGCUUCGCACCAAACAACCACCUUGUUGUAACGGACAUGGGUGAUAAGACUUUUAAAGUAUAUAACUUUGAGGGAUCACCUAAAUUGGUUAGCAAAUUCAGCUGCCUGAAAGGAAUCAGAGAUGAACGUACUUGUAUAAAAAAAUGUGAAAACAUAUUGAUUUUUAAAGGCCACUCGGUACUAGUACCUCAAAAUAUAGUCGCCGGACCGAUUACUUCAUCGCAACUUUUUGUUGUAUUCGAAAAUCUUAUUUUUGUCAUCACAAUGGACUGGAAUACAGUGGAGAUUCUUGACUUUCAGCAGCUAUCUUCCUCACAAGAUUGGCCCCGUGUUCAGAGGAAAGCGCUUACGGAAUGUGACAAGAAUAGUCUUGUUCACGACCACAGUGAGAAUCAUAAACUUGGAGGACGUAAUCCCUUGGCAAUCACUAAAGCUCAGUUCUGCGCCAUGUUCUACCACGUUACGCAGACAAGAAGAGGUAACAUAAAUUACAAAUGUCUUGAAAGUUCGCGAUGCCGCGUUGGUAAAAUGUCGAGGCAAGCCAAUCCGAGAUUUGAUUAUGCCGCCUCUGUAGUCAUCUAUGUUCGCUUGACCGACCAAACAGGAAGAUUGAUUUUUCAUGCUAGAUAUGGAAAUUGCUCUGAAGGCAAACGCCGCAACACAACUCAUGCGGAGUACUUUAUGCUGAUGGACGAGGAGUUUAAAGAAGCUGUGCUAUCGCUUCAAGAUCAGAAAGGGGGCAGCGUUACUAUGUUCAUGAACAAGCAGCCUUGCUAUAGAUCAACUAAACACCAUGACAAUAUGCCUGGCCUCACAAAAAAACAAUGCGCACAGGACUUAGUGGAAUUCUAUAACUUGCACUGUUCAUCUUAUGGUGUCAGCUUCACUAUUAAUCUCUGUCAGUUGUACAAAGUUGACUUGGCACCGACGCCGCAGUUUGAGGAAGAUAUCACAAACGGCUUAGAGGGAAUGCGCAAGAUGAUUACUGCCGGCAUCGAGUUAAAGGCAAUGACUAAGGAAAGCUGGCAGCAACUUGCUGAAUACGCCUGUAUGGAACUACCUUUUUAUGAAGGAGGAGAACGACAAAAGCUGGAUAGACACAUCAGAAAAUUUCUCGUCGAUUGCACGCACAACCCCUCACCAACACAGGAUAUUAAACCAAAGAAUAGCCGGCACAGGGCCAGAAUCAAACAGAGAAGAAAGAGAUAG